AUGGACCGUGUUGCUGAGAAGAGUAGAGCUCCCAAGGCACUAACAAGAGUAGGUUGCAAAGCCCAAUUUCGCAUACGGUACGAUGCGGAUGAUGGUGAAGGGGGAAAGUAUGUUGUGACUCACUUCGUCGCAGACCACAACCAUGAAUUGGCGGAACAACACUGUGUGAUGUAUCUGAGGUCACAUCGCAGUUUAAACAGUGCUGACAAAGCUCAAGCAAUGGCUAUACGCAAUGUCGGUGUGAAGACUAGCCAAAUCAUGAACUAUAUGGUAAAUCAGUCCGGGUCUUAUGAGAAUGUUGGUUUCAUCCGUACGGAUCUGCACAACCAUAUUCAAGCCGAACGUAGAGCAGAAGUUGAGGAUGGUGAUGCGCAGGGUGCGUUGGUUUACCUAUGCGCAAAACUUGAUGUUGAUGCACCUAAUGAGACAAUUGAGACAUACACAUGGGUUUUGGAAACAUUUAUGGAGGCGAUGGGCAAUAAAGCACCUGUGUCCGUACUGACAGAUGGGGAUAAGGCGAUGCAAGAGGCAAUCAGAAGAGUAUUUCCAGAUGCAAGACAUCGAUUAUGUAAUUCGCAUCUUGGGAAAAAUGCUGUUUCAAAUGUUCACAUAAGUGGCUUUGCACAUGCUUUCAAGCAGUGCAUGGACAUGGAAACGGAUGAGACAAAGUUUGAGCAUGACUGGACGACAAUGGUCGAAAAAUUUGGACUUCAAACCAACAGUUGGGUAUUAGAGACAUAUGAGAAACGUCAUAUGUGGGCUGAGGCAUAUAUGCGUGGACAUUUCUUUGCUGGGAUGAAGAGCACUCAACGCUCGGAGUGUAUGAAUGCUUAUUUCAAUCCCUUCCUCCAACACAAAUUGAAGCUAUAUGAAUUUGUUAGGCACUAUGAUCGGGCUCUUGCAAGGAUAAGGUAUAACGAGGCUGGAGAUGAUGCUGAAACAAAUAACACUUUUCCGUUUGAGUCGUUGGGGCUACCUUGCUGCCACAUGAUAUGUGUUAUGAAAGCUGAAAAUUUAACGCAAAUUCCCCCAACUUGUGUGCUGCAUAGAUGGACAAGGGCUGCAAGCAAGGAUGGCCAGCAAUGGCCUCAACCCUCAAUUGAUAGCACUACAACACAGACGGCCCGGUAUGGGAUAUUGUGUUCUUCCUACAACGAAAUGUGUUUCCAUGCCUCGCAAUCAACGGAAGGUUUCAAAGAUGCUAGGGAUGCAUGUCUUCCGAUGACGAGCCGGAUGAAGAAGUUAUAUGAGAGGAAUUUGAACGACGGGAAUGGAGACAAAGGGAAACAUUCAUUCCAUCGACAAUUUGGAGUAGAAGAUCCUAAUGUUAUGAAGACAAAAGGGAACCCAGGACGGGCCUCGUCCAACUGUCGAAGACCAAGAAAAUGUGGGAAUUGCAAAUGCAUUGGGCACACAAAGCGAACGUGUCCUAAGGUUCGGUUUAGCCGAACAGUGGGUACUAACUCAGAUGCAGAUACACCCCACAUAACUGACUGUGAGUACAAUGCGGAGUCAUUGCCCGUUCGCUGCAAAACUGGGUUGGUGGAUCUAAGUACACCGCACAUUAAGCAACGGCGACUAUUUUUCAAUGUUUCUCCUGAUUCUGAGCAGCCUGUGGGCCAAUACGGUAGUGUUGAAGCAGUAAUGUGGAAAAAUGAUUCGAACACAAUUGAUGAGGUGAAUCAGGUAGACAGUACUAGCUAUUGA